AUUUAAUCAGCAACUGCGGAACCGUAAUCGUAUAAUUUUAGUAACUGAAUUUGUUUGUACUAUAACGUGAACUGUAAUUAGGAAGAAAGUGCUUCUAUGAGACGAACCAAAAUCAUUGAAGUCAAAGAAACCUAGUAACCGCUUGGUGUGUGGCAUCAUUUAUCCCUGUGUUGUCAUCAGUGCGGGUCAAGAAAAAAGACAUUCGUUUCAUCUGUGAUAAGAUUACACAAUAAUCUAUCAUGUAUUCGUUGUUGAUCUUCACGACUUUAUUACUCACCAAAGCAUCAGCACAAGACCUCAGCACCACAAUAGCAUCAACCACUGAAGGACCCAUGAUCCACAGGAUUGUGUUCGAAGCGGAAGAAGCAUCCGGAAGUGGAGACGAACCAUCGACGGAAGAAUGCCGAAUGAGUUACAUCAAGUUCGAGGGAAUGUAUUUGCGCGGAGUGAAAGAACCCAAUCAUAUAGAUUACAAUGCAACAACGUUUGAAGCAUGCGAGAAGCGAUGUUGUUAUGAGACAGGCUUCAAAUGCCGAUCGUUCAGCUAUUUCGAGCCAACGCACCAAUGCUUUCUUAUGAACGUUACUCGUUACUACACCAAAUACGAUCUGGUUUCAUCGAAGUCGCACGUCCACGUUGAAGUUGUCAAAGAACUAAGUACGACAACCACAACAACAGUAGCGUUCCCUACCCCAGCUCGAACACCAAAGCGACCCGAGUCGUCCUCAUCAACAACCACCGUUUCUACAAUGGAUCCCAAUUUCGGGGUGAUGGGCCCAGACAAAGGAAUUCUAGAGACAAUUCCGCCACCGGACCGCGUGGUCGCCCCAGAAUGCCCAAAAAGAUGUCUGAAUGGUGGAGGAUGUUUACUGAGACGAACGAAUAAAGGCGUUGCUGCAAGAGAAGCGUAUUGUAAAUGUCAAAAGGGAUACACUGGUGACCAAUGCGAGAUGGAGGUUUCUGAAGCUGGUGGAUUUCCGAUGUGGGUGAUUGCACUCAUUGUUCUUGGCGGAAUCAUACUUAUCCUAUUCCUGACUGUUUGUAUCAUGUAUCAUGUGUACCGGAAGAAAACAGGAGAAUACAAAGUUGUGAAAGCGAUUCAAAGAUGGACGCGAAGAGGACGUGGAAGAAAGAAGCUGGCCCGGGCAGCACCGACACCAGAAGAUGAUUACGGCCACAUUGAGGAAAACAAUCAUCUUCCAACCCAACACCUUCACCCUCAACACCUUCACCCACAUCUUCACCAUCACACAUCUCCCACCACCAGUGUUCAGAGUAUCCACGGUUCCGUGACGUCAUCUACAACUCAUUCUACAACCACUUCUGUGUGAUAGUGACGUCACCGAUGACGUCAUGGCUAGGAAUCCUAUAAAAGUUCCAAAGACGAAUACUGCUCGGUUAUGAUGUCGAUGCGCAAAGACAAUGUCUACUAUUUGUUCCAUUUCUAACCAUUUUCGUGCCUGAAGCGCUUUGUUUCGUCACAACAAAGAUACUUUUAUUGCGUCAUAUCAAACAUUACACAAAUUUCCCUGCUUUUAGAUCAUGGAUAUUAUGCUUAUAUUACUCUCGGGCACAUCAACAAUAGAAAAGUGUCAUGAGUGUGAUGUCAUAAUCGCAAAUCCGCUAAAAUUGAACUAGCCCAACGAUUGUUAAGUCACAAUUUCAUAUAUAAAAUCAGGGUUGUUCUAGUAUCUAUCUUACAUUAUUCAAUCCAUGGCUACAAUCCUUACAUAUUCCACUGUGAAUUGUAAAUAAUUGUGACGUCAUAAUAUUUUCCCGCCAAAAUGAUUUGAAUAGUUUGAGUGCAACCGUCAUGGUAUUUGCUUCUUCUAGCUUUUCGCGCUGUUUAGUGAAAUUUUUAUAGUAAAUCUGUCUAUAAUCAGUGAGCUACCCUUCUAGUAAAUCAUUUAUUUGUCAACACAAUGUAUACGCAUCAUCACAUAAAGCAUAACAAAAAAUCAAAAAUCUAAAACUUAACUUACUCAAGUUAGGUUGUCUCAAAAAUGCUGCUGAUUUUAGCCCCAUCAUGUAGAUUGAACCCGCGGAUAUACGGGUGCAAAUGUAUGGGUUCAAAUGUACGGUCGACGUCUACUAC